AUCCUCCAGAAUUGCAAACUUUGAGACUUUGAGAAUCCAAGAAGAGAAGAGAAACAUGGUGGAAUUCCUGUGGACCUUUGCUGUACAGGAAGUGCUGAAGAAGACGGUGAAGCUGGCGGCUGAGCAGAUCGGCUUAGCAUGGGGAUUCAAGGACGAACUCUCGAAGCUUAAGGAAUAUUUACUCGAGGCGCAAGCCAUCCUAAAUGAUGUUGACAAAAAUAAGGCAAACCUUGAAACCGUGACGCGAUGGGUGAAGAAGCUUGAAGAUAUCGUCUUCGAAGCCGAUAAUUUACUCGAUGAUCUCGCUUAUGAAGACGUUCGACGCAAAGUGGAAGAUCAGGUGGUACGUAAUUUCUUUUCACUUUCCAAAAAUUCUCUUGCUUUUCGUCUCAAAAUGGCAAAUAAAAUCACAACGGUUGCUAAAAAGUUGAAUGAGCUAGUUUUUAUAAAAACUCCUCCGAGAUGUGUUGGAACAACAUCAGAUGAAGCUGAAAUUGAUCUUAACCAAACUCGAGAGACGGACUCAUUUCCUGAGGAAAUUGAGGUUAUUGGAAGGGAAACUGAAGUAUCAAAUAUAGUGGAUAAGCUACUUGCCCUUGAGAGUCAAAAAACUCCAGUUGUUUUAACCAUUGUUGGCACGGGUGGAUUAGGAAAAACAACUCUAGUGAAGGAGGUUUACCAUCAUGAUAUGAUAAGGAAGAAUUUCGAUACAACCAUAUGGGUAUGUGUGUCUCAUCCUUUUAAAAUCAACAAAAUUUUGAGAGCAAUCGUGGGAUCCUUGAAAUCUAAAUUUUGUAGCUUAGAUGAAAAGGAAGGCAUUCUUCAGGAACUCCAAAGUUUGUUGAGUGACAAAAAGUAUUUUCUUGUGCUUGAUGAUAUUUGGAAUGAGGAAUCCAUUCUAUGGAAUGAGUUGAGGGCUUGUUUGUUAAAGAUCAAUCAAAAUAAGGGAAAUGCUAUAGUUGUGACUACCCGUAGUGAUAAAGUUGCAGAAAUCAUGGAGACAAAUUAUAGACAUCAUUUGAGGCAAUUACCAGAUGAUCAUUGUUGGUCUUUAUUUGAAAAAUGUGCCUUUGGAAGUAAUUUACCGAGAAUUCCUGAUGUCAUUCGAGGACAGCUUGUUAAAAAAUUUGGUGGCAUACCAUUGGUUGUUAAAGUGUUGGGAGGAAUGGUGAAAUCAUGCAAGAAUGAUGAUGAAUUGCAAUCGACUUUGGAAAAUAUUGUGAGAACUGAAUUACCAAAGGAAGAUCUUAUUUUAUCCACAAUCAAAUUAAGUGUGGACCGUCUACCAUCUUCCUCAUUGAAACAAUGUUUUGCCUAUUGUUCAAAUUUCCCACCAGACUUUCACUUCUACAAGGAAGCACUUGUUUGGAUGUGGAUAGCGCAAGGGUUUAUUCAACUACCUAAUGAAUGCAAUGUAACGAUGGAGGAUAUUGGAGAGAGGUAUUUCGAUAUGUUGUUGUCUCGCUCCUUGUUUCAAGAUGUUGUCAAGGAUAAGAGAGGAAAAAUUGAAUAUUGUAAGAUGCAUGAUCAUAUACAUGAGGUCGCAUGUGUUAUUUCAAAUGAUAAAAAUUUGAGAGAGGACCUUGUAACGGAUGAAAAAUAUGAAGGUGGUGAAGUUCUUUCGAUCCGUCAAAGAAGAAGAACAGUUUAUUGUUGUAAAAAUGCAUCCUCUGAUAUGAUCACCAGCUUCAUCUACUUGCGCGUUUUAAUUAUUAAUGAUAUGUCCAUAACUGAAUUGCCAGAUACAAUUGGUAAGUUGAAGCAUUUGAGGUAUCUUGACAUUUCAUGGUCUGGAAUAUACUAUCUCCCAGAAACUAUUGUUUUGCUCUACAAUUUGCAAACUUUGAGGCUGAGAUGGGGUACGAGGUUUCCUACAAAGUUGAGAAAGUUGGUGAAGUUAAGACAUUUAGAAUUUAAUUUUUUUGAUGGAAUUAAGCAAAUGCCUAAACAUUUAAGUCGAAUGACUCAACUUCAAACACUUUCUAGUUUUGUAGCUGGGAGUGACGACGGAUGUAAGAUUGAGGAGCUUGGACCUUUAAAAUACCUUAAAGGUAAUUUAAGCCUUUAUAAUCUCGAGCGAGUCAAAAGUAAAGAGGAGGCCAUGACUGCAAAUUUAGUAGAGAAGGAAAAUAUUUCUAAACUAUAUUUUGAAUGGAGUACUCAAAGGGAAGAAUGUAAUGAAAGUGAUUUGAAUGUGUUGGAAGGGCUUCAACCACACAAAAACCUUCGAGCAUUGGAUAUUAAGGGCUUUGCAGGUGAACUUCUUCCCAAUAGUAUUUUUGUUGAAAACUUGGUUGAGGUAUAUCUAUGGGAUUGCAAAAGAUGUGAAACUUUACCAAUGCUUGGACAGUUGUCCAAACUUAAGUUUCUUAAAAUUAGCAAGUUAAGUGCAGUAAAAAGUAUUGGAGACGAAUUUUAUGGGAAUUAUCGCGAUAGUAGAACUUUGUUUCCGAAAUUGGAAGAGUUUGAAAUUUAUCUCAUGGAGAGUUUAGAGCAAUGGGAAGAAAUUGAUACUCUCACUAAUUGUUCAACUUUUCCUCAUCUUAAAAGUUUAACCAUUCUUUCUUGUCCCAAAUUAAUGAAUAUUCCAAACAUUUUUGCAACCAAUGGCCAAAGGUUGGAAGUUGACACUAUUAAUGCAAGGUUAUUUUCAAGAUUUCAAACUUCUCCAAAGCUUCAAUCUCUACUCAUUACAAAUUGUACAAGUUUGAUAAAGCUACCAAUUUGGAUAGAAUUUUGUAGCUCACUCGAAGAUUUGUGGAUGGACAACUCUCGUGAUGAUAUUUCCCCUCCAAAUUUGAAAAAUAUCCAAAGCUUGUCUACAUUAGAAAUCAAAAACUUUGAUAAUUUGCCAAAUGGGCUCGGUGGUAUGCAUAACUUGAAAAGGUUGGUGAUUGAAGGGCCAAUGGAGGGUUAUGAUUGGAGUCAAUUCAUAUCCUUGAAGUCGCUUGAAGUUCUUCAUUUACAUGAAACAGGAAGUAAUAGUGUAACACAACUUCCUCGACAACUUGAGCUCCUCACUGCUUUAAGAUGGUUGCAUAUUGAGGGAUUUAAUGACAUUGAAUCUUUACCCGAAUGGUUGGCAAACAUUAAAGCUUUGGAGAAAUUAGAAGUAGGUAUGUGCAGAAAUUUGAAAAGCUUACCCUCGAAAGAAGCCAUGUCAAAUCUAACUAAAUUGAAUUAUUUGUCAGUAUUUGAUUGUUCCCAGCUUGAUAUUGGUGAAGGUGGUGUUGAACGUGAAAAAGUUUCCCAUAUACCCAAAGUUUCUUUCACAAUAAGAAGAUUUUGA